AUGGGAGGCUCUGGUAGUCUUUCUGAUGUCUUUGACAUGCCAAAUGGUAAGAAACGCAAGGUAGCUCAAAAACAGCAGAAGUUAUACAAUCAAGUUCAGCCAAUAUCCUUAGGUCAGAGUCGAAAUGUUGAAAACAACGAAAGCUCGUCCAGGCGAAAAGAGAUGACCGACCGGGAGAAAAACGAGCUGCUGCAACGUAUUAUAGAAGACGGGAACCAGCAGUACCCCUCCGGGUUGAGAGAAUUCAUAUUAGGGUGCUUCCAGCUAGCCGAACAUAAUAAAUUCGAUCAGCGUUCAAAUCUGGUCCUCGUGCAACAGUUGAAAGACCUGAUAGGAAAAGCUUAUGUUGAGAAGAAGGAAUAUCGUAAUGACUGGUGGUCUCAAACGUUACCGUGCUUGACGAAGAACGCCUCAACUUUGCAAUUGAUGUGCGACAAGACUGACGGAGCUCAGAGAAGUCAAGAAUCAGUUCGUCCGCACCCUCCACCUCCACCACCACCGCCUUCUAGCUCGUUGAGAAAGAGACCUCUACCACCCAAUGCAAAUCCUAAAAUUUCAUCAAAACCCCCUUCUGACUUUAAUUCAACUUCAACACCCACUAACAAGAAAUUAUCUACAGAGGCAGAAAGGAGGAAAAAACGUAUGGAGCGGUUUUCUGCAGUGCCUACUAACGCUAAAAAUGAGAGAGCUCCCUCUGACGAGAACUUCGCCAACUUAAAUGCUAUCUCCACCAAUUUUUUCAAGUUUGACAAAAAUAAACCAGUAGUUGGUAGAUGUCAGACCCUUGAGAAAAAGUACCUGAGAUUAACAUCUGAACCCAACCCUGACCUUGUGCGUCCAUUGAACAUUUUAAAGAAAGCGUACGAUCUAGUUGUUCGGAAGUACAUGCAGAAAGAAGCCUCUUACCCCUACCUCUGUGAUCAGUUCAAGUCAUUGCGGCAAGAUUUAAGAGUGCAAAUCAUAGAGAACAGGUUCGCCUUACAAGUAUAUCAAACACACGCAAGAAUUGCACUAGAAAAUAACGACAUUGGGGAAUUCAACCAGUGCCAAAGUCGACUGGGGCAACUUUUUGAACUUCCGAACCUUGCGAAAUCUAACUUGGAAGAAUUUUUGAGCUAUAGGAUACUAUACUAUCUGAUGACGAACAAUCAUAACUCGAUCAAUGAUCUGAAACUUAAGUUUUCAACCAGUGAGAACCUUGCUGUUUACAGGCACCCAGUAGUGAAACAUGCACUUAACAUGGCAACGUCGCUCUUAGUAGGGGACUAUCACACCUUUUUCAAACUUUAUGCACAAACUUCUGGACCUUCGAGAUGUCUGAUAAACACAUUCAUAAAUCGUGAAAGACUACGAGCCCUCGAUGCAAUUUCGAAAAGCUAUAAUCAAAUUCCAUUAGAGUUCUUGUUCGCAGAGCUUCAUUUAGAGAACUACGAAACAGGUAAGGCGUUUUUGCACGAGCUUGGUCUUGACAAGCACAUUGUAAUGAAAAACGGGGAGCAGGACGGCAACAAUGCACUUCUUAACACCAAGACUAGUAGAUUUUCGAUCAUCCAACAGUAUGAAAAGGCAAAAAAAGUUGACAUUAAGGGCCAAAUAUAA